AUGCACAAUGACCGGCUUGUGCUUGCGGGUUUCGCCAGUUCGCUAAAAUCACCAAGGAACGAAUGCCAUACGAGCAAAUCUUAUAAUCAGAACCUCGCAGUCCUCUACCUUAGCGAGACUGCUAAGGGAAGUUCCCAAUCGUCCAUGGAGGACAGCGGCUCUGUGGCGAAGAAGUCUUCACAAAGAAUGUCCACAGAUGCUCUCAAAGGAAAAGAUGAUAACGCUUCAAUCGGCUCAGAUCAAUCGACUCAAGCUCCAAACGUAGCCGAAUCUGCGCAGAUGGAUAUGUACGAGACCAUCAUACCUGAUGUUUUCCAAGGACUGGUUUCUGAAAAUCUGACCUUCCACACCUACGUACUUUCUUUUAGCGCCAGUGACGACAGGUUCUCCUAUCGUAACUUUGCGCUGUUCUUGCCAUCAAAGUUGGAUGCCUCCCUCAAAAAUGGAAGCUUCGAACUGGAUUUGGGACGUGGAAGAAAUGCUGUGGUUCGGCUUGGCUCGAUGCAAAAUAUCAGCUUAGACAGUGAUAAGGUUGCUGCCGGAAAUCAGUUCUACGAGAAACUUUUUUCUACUUUAUGGCGACGACGGCUACCUCCAAUCCAUCUCCAGCCAUACUUACUUCUGCCACUGCUUCCUGGCAAGAUAAAUGUUUUGGAUGUGGACUGGAAAUGCGUUCAGUCUCUCACACCUCCAUCAAUAGUCUCAGACAACGAUGACGAAAGUGUUCUACAUUUUGCAAAUUAUUCAUUGCGAGCUACAGAUAUCAAAGCAGGACUGAUUCUUACAAAGCACACCAGGAAACCGUUAUUUUAUUCUCAUCUGGGUGUUCUCGAAGAAAUGACGGCGCAGAGCUCGUUUUUCAAUCACAACUAUAAUACGUAUUCCGACUACUUUCUGGAAGUGUAA